AGCAUUAUGUUAUAAUUAUAAAACUAACAAGAAGAAAGUCAACUCCCUACAAAACUGCAACUUCCAUUCGGUGUAAAAUACAUACACGGAUACCGCAGUGAUUUUAAAAACAACAUAUUUUAACUUUCUGAACAAAGAGUAGUAUAUCCUGCAAGUAAUUCAGUUAUCGUAAAUAAUUCUGAAAACAAGCAAUAAUUUUAUCACACAUAUAGUGGUACAUCCGGAAUCACGUGUAUGGCUUAGAGUGUUUCCAAAAAAUAUAUUGCCUGGGCGGAAGAAUAUGAAAGUGGGAUAAUAAUAAUCUAAGAUAUGACCAAACCGGAAAAAAGGAAAACCAUAACAUCUCAAGAUUGUAAAGCAAGGGCUUAUGUAUGUCUCGAUUUUCACAAAACUGAUGAGAAAUUAUUAAUUGCAUUAAGUGGUUAACCUGAUUGGUAAUUAAUUUAUUUCCAAUGGGAUAAAUAAAAAGUGAUUUCUUCAGUAAGUCUUAAGAUAGUGGAGAAUAUGAGAUAUUCCUUCUGCUUUUUUCACCCUAAAGAGGACGAUUUUAUAGGCUUAGUAGGCCACGCAGCCAUAAAAUCGUAUAAACUAGGCUCUGAUGGCCAAUUAAAAUAAAAAGAUAGCCCUUUUAUUAAAAAAGAUAGUAAAGAUCUACAUCAUUCGACUAAUUAUACUUCUUAUUGCCUUCUCCCAGACUAAAAUAUGAUCAUAGGAACAGAUUAAGGUGAGUUGCUAUUUUUUUAAUCUUCAUUCGAAUUUAAAACUAUACUUCCAACUUCUCCAAAAAACGAACAAAUGUCAAUCGAAUGUAUAUAAACCUACUCUAAAGGAUUUAUAGUAGCAGGUUCAGAUUGUACUAUUCUAAUGUACGAGAAAUGUGAUAAUGAUCUAAAAAAUCCAUAUAUUAGAGCCGAUAAGAAAAUCCAACUUAAAGAAUUCAAAACUAAAAUUACUUCCCUAUUAGUCACUAAUGGGGAAGAAAAACUCAUUGUAGGAAUUGAAGGCGGAUAAUUAUUAUAAAUACUUUUUUCUCCAGAAAAUUAAACUAUAAGUGAGGAAAAUUCGAAAUGUGAGCCUUUGUAUAUGUCUUAUCAUUCAUAAAAAGUAAAAAGAUAUUAUAUUUUUGAUAUUUUAUAUUUUUAUUAAAAAAAGAUUACAGGUUUAGAUGUUUGUAUUAGAAAAGCAUUAGUAGUUACAUGUAGUUUUGAUAGAUAUGUAAAAAUAUGGAAUUAUAUAGAUAAUACAUUAGAAAAUUCUAAACUUUUUGAUGAAGAAGCUUAUUCAGUUGCUAUUCAUCCUUCCGGUUUUCACAUAAUAGUCGGUUUUGCUGACCGAAUAAAAUUCUUGAAUAUUUUUGAAAACGAUCUUAUCUCAUUUAAAGAGCUUACUGUUAAAAACUGCCGAGAAAUCCAAUUUUCAAAUGGUGGACAUUUAUUCGCAAUCACAAAUAUUACAACAGUUUAAGUAUUUGACUUUUAUACAGGAGAAAUGGCUUCCCAUUUAGCCUUCAGAGGUUCUGGAAAGGUUAAAAGUAUUUUCUGGGAAUAAGACGAUUAGGGAUUUUUUACUGGAAAUACAGAUGGAAUAAUAUACUAUUGGAGAGUAGAUGAUGCAGGGCCACAAAAGACUCAAAUUGCGACUUUUCCAGGUAUGAAUAUUACGUGUAUUACGGGACAUUAGAGUACUGAAAACAACCUUUAGCAUGUUGAAAGGAUUAUUUUUGUUUCAGGAGUUUAUUCCGAUGAAAAUAAUUUGGAAGAUAAUAUAUAUGGAAAUUAGUAAUAAUUAUAGUAAAUUUAGAAUAGUGAAAAAUGCGUAUAUAAAAUUACUAUACAUAGUAAAUUAGAAAAAGAAAAUAGAGAACUAAGUGAUGGAAAUUUAAAAAAAAAGUUCAUAGUAGCUGGUACUUAAAAAAUAUUUACAGGAAGUGAUAUUUCUUAAGUAGCACUCGCACAUUGUAAUAAACUAUUUUUCUUUACCACAGAGGAUAAAGGAAAACCAGGUGCUAUAAGGGUCAUGAAGUAUCCUUUUACAAAUGAAAUAUUGGAAUUAUAGUCCCAUGUAUCCUCUAUAACAAGAUUAAGAGUCUCUUUUGAUGAUAAUUAUGUGUUUACGGCUAGUGAAGACGGAGCUUUAAUUAUAUAUAAGAACGAAGAUAAGGAAUUCAAAGUAAAAAUGGAUAAAGAUAAUAUAAUUGAGACUUAGUUUACGGAAGAAUUUCUUAUAUAAAGGGAAUAAUAUAAUAAUUAAAAAAAUGAAAUUGAGAGAUUGAAGAAACAAUUGAAUGAGGAAAAAUAAAGACAGGAUUUAUAAAUUAAAGAAAGUUUGAAGAUUUUAGAUAUGAAAAUUUUAGAAUUGGAAUAGGUGAAAAAUUAAAACUAAGAAAGGGAUCUGUAAGAAAUAAAAAAGCAGCAAUCUGAAAUUGAAGAAAUGAAUGAAAAUUAUGAAAAAUAAAAAUAAAUGUUGAAAAAUUUGCAUCAAUAAAAUAAAAAAACCAUUGAAAAUGAAUGUAAAAAAAAAAUUGCUUUAGAAAUGUAAAGAAAUGAAGAAUUAUAAAGGGAAAAAGAAAAAGAAGAAAGAAAUUUUAAACAAGACAUUCAUUCCAUAGAAAAUGAUCAUAAAAGAGAAAUGGCCAAAAAAACGGCUAUGUACGAAUAAUAAUUAGCUGAUGAAAAACAAUAAUAUGCUGAUUUACACGCCAAAAGUGAAUAACUGAAAAUCGAAUUUGAAAAAACUUUGAAUUAAUUAGAGUUAAGCGCUGAAAACUAAAUCGAUAAACUCAAAGAAUUAAACGAAACGAGAAUGUAAGAAUUAUUUAAUACACUAGAAAAAAGUGAAAUUAAAAAAAUGGAAAAAAGAAAUGAUUAUGAUACUGAGUCUUAAAAAUUGGAAGAUCAAAAAAGCAAACUAAAAGGAACUAUGGAAGAAAUCACAUCUAUUUAAGAAACUAAUAAAAUGCUCUAAAAGGAAAAGGAAACUCAUACAAAGGAAAUUGAUGAAAGAGAAAAAGCUAUUAAAGAUAAAGGAAGAAGAAUAUAUGAAUUAAAAAAAAAAACUUAAGAGUUGGAAAAGUUUAAGUUUGUACUUGAUUAUAAAAUUAAAGAAUUAAAAAGAGAUAAAGGACCUAAAGAAGAAGAAAUUGCUAAAAUGAAAGAAUAGAUAGCGAAUAUGAAUUCAGAAAUUUUACAUUUUAAUAGAACUAAUAAUAAUUUGUUACUAAUUGUAAGUGAUUUGAAAUUAAGAUAAAAAGGAAUGAAAAAAGAAUUAGAAAAAUAAAAUUAAUAAAUUAAUAGUUAUUAAUAAUACAUAAAUGCUUUUGAAUAGGAUAUGUCCAGUUGUUAUUCGAAUAUUAAUGAUUAAAAAAAAUUAAAAUAAAGUAUUGUUAGUCUUUUGAAUUAAUAUGUAUAAAAUGAUGAUUUUAAAUUUAAAAAAUCUGAAAAUAAUGACUUUUAAAGAGAAAUAAUGAAAGAAAGAUCACAUUUAGAAACUUCUGUUACAAAUUUAAAAUUAAAACAUGAUAAAAAUCAAUAAGUCCAUAAAUCUGAUACUGAAAUUAUAAUGAAACAUAAUACUUUUCUUAUUUUCGAAAUCAAUCAUUUAAGAAGGGAACAAAAAGAUAUAAUUGAUGAUAAAAUAAAACUUAUGAAUGUUUAAAGAAAAAAAAAAGAAAAUAGCUUAAAUUAAAUAGAAAAAGAAAUAUAAUAUUACGAUGAAAAAAAAUUAAAACUAUAAAAAGAAAUUCAAAAUUAAAGAUAAAUAAAUGAUUAAAUAAAAAGUAAAUUUUUAAUAUAAAAUUUUAUUUUUAAUAUAAAAAUUAUUUUUAAAAGAUAAUUAAAAAUAAAAAUGAUAGAAUUAAUAAAAAAAAAUAAAAAAAUUAAAUGCUUAUUAUACUUAUAAUGA